CUUUCCACCCAUAUCUAUCUCUCCUUCUCCAUCCCUCUCUCUUCGUUCAGUGUCAGAAUUUUAAUUGCUCGAACAAAGGGGCGUCAACGAUCUGAUUGACCCGCGCAAUACAAAUUAAAGGAUAAAUUCCCGUGAAUCUAAUCCCCCAAGUCCUUGAUUUUUUUUUUUUCUCGGUGAUUCUUGGAAAUAGAUUGUCAUAGAUGGACGAUUCAAAACAGUAGGGACCUAAAAAUUAGAAGAACGCGAAGCGGCAGAAGAAAGAAAGAAGCCACCUUUGACUGAAGAGAGCGAGAGAUAGAGAAAGAAAGAGCCGGGGCAAUGGUAGAGACGGCCAACCACCAGCAGCCACCGCCUUCUCAGGCGGCUCCCCCACAUGUGGCGCCUCCCCUCGGCUCGGCGAGAGGCCCCCUCUACCCUCCAACCGAGCAACUCCUGCAGCUUCAGUUUUGCAUCCACUCGAAUCCCUCCUGGCCUAUGACAGUUCUACUUGCUUUCCAACACUAUAUUGUGAUGCUUGGUACUACAGUUAUGAUUGCCACUAAGCUCGUGCCUGGAAUGGGUGGGAAUCCCGGUGAUAAAGCUAGAGUGAUUCAAGUAUUGCUCUUCACAUCAGGGUUGAAUACCCUUUUCCAAACUUGGAUUGGAACGCGACUUCCCACAGUGAUGGGUCCAUCAUUUGCUUACGUUUUGUCAGUACUGUCCAUCAUUAAUGAUAUUUCAGAAGAAAGAUUCCACUCAGAGCACGAGAGGUUCCUGCACACUAUGAGAACAAUUCAAGGAUCCUUGAUAGUAUCUUCUUUCCUCAAUAUAUUGAUUGGAUAUAGUAAAGCAUGGGGUAACUUUACAAGGUUUUUCAGUCCCGUUGUAAUUGUGCCAGUAGUGUGCGUAGUGGGUCUUGGUCUGUUUGGAAGGGGCUUUCCACAGGUUGGCGAUUGUAUGCAGAUCGGCCUGACCAUGCUAAUAUUACUGGUAGUCUGCCAGUAUCUGAAGCGCCUCCAUCCAGUUCUCCACUCCGUACUCGAGAGGUUUUCUUUGCUUUUCUGCAUUGGUGUUGUCUGGGCUUUUGCGUCUAUUCUUACUGUUGCUGGUGCAUACAAGAAUUCUUCCCCUGAAACUGCGACAAGUUGUCGUACUGACCGUUCCUCCCUUAUGUCAUCUGCUCCAUGGAUCAAAAUCCCAUACCCUUUUGAGUGGGGUACUCCAAUAUUUAAAGCAAGCCAUGUCUUUGGGAUGCUGGGGGCUGCGAUUGUUUCAUCUGCAGAGUCCACUGGAACAUUCUAUGCGGCAGCACGGCUUGCAGGCGCAACAUCACCUCCAGCGCAUGUGAUUACAAGAAGCAUUGGUCUUCAGGGUCUUGGCCAGCUGCUUGAUGGGAUAUUUGGUGCUGCUGUUGGUACUGCUGCUACUGUGGAAAAUGUCGGUCUUCUUGGACUGACUCACAUCGGAAGCAGAAGAGUGGUACAGAUAUCCACUGCUUUCAUGAUCUUCUUCUCUAUAUUUGGAAAGUUUGGUGCCUUCUUCGCAUCAAUUCCUUUGCCAAUAUUUGCUGCAAUAUACUGCAUCUUAUUUGGGAUUGUUGCUGCUGUUGGGGUUUCGUUCAUUCAAUUUGCAAACAGUAACUCCAUGCGAAAUAUUUAUAUUUUGGGCCUCUCUCUGUUCCUUGGAAUAUCAAUACCUCAAUAUUUUACCAUGGGAACUGAUCAAUUUGGCCACGGGCCUGUUAAAUCAGGUUCUGGAUGGUUCGAUGACAUAUUGAAUACGCUAUUCUCUUCACCACCGGCGGUGGCGAUGAUGGUUGGGACGCUGCUGGAUAACACGCUGGACGCCAAGCACUCACGCAACGAGAGGGGGAUGCCAUGGUGGGUUCCGUUCCAGAUGAGAAAGGGGGAUAGCAGAAACGAGGAGUUUUACAGCUACCCUCUAGUACUAAACCAGAUUGUUCCUUCCAGGUUUCUCUGAACAGUUUACAACCUGUAAUAUAAGCAUCGCUUAUAUGUAUCAAUAUCUAAGGUUUCGUUGUAAUAUAAGCAUCGCUUAUAUGUAUCAAUAUCUAAGGUUUCGGGGCGGUCAUCGCAUCCAAAUUUUACCCUUUUUUAGAUGCUCAGAUGUUGAAACAUUAUGUUUAAAAGUUCAUUUUAGGGAUUUGCUUCAAUCUAGUUUCCAUUUCCACUUCCAGUUUUGGAGUUGGGAGUUUCUCUCAA